AUGAGCAAGAUUGUUGUUUUUACCGAAGAGUGCUUCAAGGGCAGAACUGCUGAAUUCAAGCACAAUGUCCACAACUUAGAAGAAAAGGGCUUCAACAAUGUCAUCUCAUCUCUCAAAGUCAUUGGCCCACCAUGGGUAGCAUAUUAUGACACGAAGUUUGCUGGAAAGCAACGUGUGUUUGAAGAAGGAGAAUAUGCUACCCUUGAUGACAAAGGAAGUUUUUCUUCCCUCAAGAUCAUCGUAGAUGACCUGGACAACCCUGAAAUCCAGCUGUUUGAGCAUGGGAACUAUCAGGGAAGAAGUGUGACCCUACGCAGCGAAACCAAUCUUCACGACAUUGAUUUCAGUGACGUCGCUUCUUCCCACAAAGUGAAAGGUGGUGUCUGGGUGCUGUACCAGCACGUCAAUCGUCAUGGUUCCCAGCUUAUUUCUUUCCCUGGGGAUGAAAUUUCCAGCUAUCUCCCGCUCUCCUUCAACGAUGUGGCCAGCCAUGUGCAUCCCUUGCUGCCAAAGCCAUAGACAGCAUCAUUCAAAGUACACACUCUGCAGCUGAAUAUAAACUGGAACCCUUUUGGAAAGAAUGAGGCAAGUGGCUGUGACUCCAAAAAGUCUGAAGAAACUUCAUGC